UUUCAAAAUUAAAUAGCUCCUGAAAAUAGUUCCGAGUUGUCCGGCAAAUUCAUCAGCAUGCUCGGGAAACAGUUUCAGACCUCGGCCAUUUCUCAAUGCCGUGUCUGCUGGCGGCUCUACCAAGCGACCCCUGGCCAAAUGCAGACGCGCCAGUUCCGGGUGGCAGUGAUUGGGGCGGUCGGAGGCAUUGGCCAGCCACUGUCGCUUCUGCUGAUGGCCAACAAGCUGGUGACCGAGCUGGUCCUGCAUGACCUCACGGCUACCAAGGGCUUCGGGCAGGAUCUGUCCCACAUAGACAGGGCGUGCCAGGUGAAGUCGUUCUUUGGAGAGGACCAGAUGGAGUCGGCCAUAAAGGGUGCUGACAUCGUGAUGAUUACCGCGGGAAUGCCUCGCAAGCCGGGCCAGACCAGGGACUUCCUGUUCGACACCAACGCCCCGAUAGUGGCAAAGGCCGCCGGCCUGGUGUCCCAGCACGCGUCCCACGCGCUAGUGGGGAUCAUCACUAAUCCGGUGAACGCCGUGGUGGCCGUUGCGGCGGAGGCGAUGAAGAAGGCUGGCUACUACGACCCCGAGCGGCUCUUCGGAGUGACCACACUGGAUGUAGUGCGGGCCGAGAAGUUUAUUGGGGACCACAUGAGCAUCCAUCCAGGGAAGAUUCGGAUACCGGUGAUCGGAGGCCACGCCGGCACCACCAUCGUUCCCAUCUUCUCCCAGUGCCAGCCGCCCUUCGAGGGAGACGAGAAGUGCAUCGCGUCGAUCGUUAAACGCAUCCAGACAGGCGGUGAUGAGGUGGUUAAGGCCAAGGCUGGACAGGGCUCCGCCACCCUCUCGAUGGCCUACGCGGCUGCCCGUUUCACCAACGCUUUAAUGUUAGGUCUGAAGGGCGAGCCGGGGCCGCCCGAGUGCGCCUACGUGCAGUCCGACGCCACCGAAGCCCCUUUCUUCUCCACUCCACUUACCCUCGGUCCCAAGGGCAUUGAGGAAAACCAUGGCCUGCCCGAGCUAGAUGAAUGCGAAAAGGAGCAGCUGAAGGUAGCUGUCGACGCGUUGAAGAAGUCCGCCGCCAAGGGCGUGAAGUUCAUGGAAUAAAUAACACAUUCCUAAGGAACCAGACGAAAAAUCAAUCGGCCAUCGAAAAAGCUACCGUUCAUCAGUUUCACCUUCAAAAUUUAGAGAUAGACAGAGAAAAAUUCCACAAAGCGAGUGCAAGAAUCAUUUCAGCGGCAGUCAUCCGGGGCACUAUCGGAAGUGCAGCUAGUAACUGUAGAUGAUAAUGGUGUUGAAGGUCAGUGUCCGCAUGGUUGAGUCGGUAGUCUCAAUCUCCUAUCACUCGAUCUCCACGUGGCGAGUGUCCGCCUUACACUGGCGUGUGUAUGGUGUCUGAGAAAAGUACAUGAUCUCGGUGCGCCUAGUCGCUGAUCCUCAGUAAGUGUAAGAAUCAUUUCAGCGGCAACCACUAACCACUGGACCACUAACUAUCGGAAGGCAAGCGAGCACCCAAAGAUGAGGAUGGAUCUGGGGUCCACAUGGGCCGUUCUCCUAUCCAUCCUAUCCUAUCCUAUCCAUCGAAAAGGACUGUCUUAAUUUCAACAGUCCUGCUUGAUUGGAUAAAUGGUCGAAGUGAUGGUCUUUAGUGUAUUACACGGAUCCAGGAACAUUUUACAAGUGAGAGGUCAUUCGAAAUUGAUGCUUAAUCGGAAAUGAGAACACGUCUUACCAGGAAAUCCGAGAAAACGCCAGCAAUCAUCAGUCCGGGCCAAAAGAAUGCCAAAAUUGCCCUAUCGUUAUCGACGUGGUAUGACAUCGAGGCGACCGACUCGAUCCAGCGGACACUGGACUUUCACUCCACUACCACCUUGCAGCUGGGGCUGGGCUGCUGAUAGAUGAUUUUUACAAAAUAAAACAGGGGAUUCAAACGAACUGUUGUUGGUUAUAGCUCUAAUAAAUUGUGCUGUUAGGUGCGAGACUGAUAUUGAGA